AUGACCACCUUAAGGUGUUCAUGUUCGAGUUCCAUUUUAAUGGAAAACUGUGGUGUGUUGAUGCAGCAAAAGAGGAUGGGUCACUUGGAAGACUUGUAAAUGACGACCACAUAAACCCUAAUGCCAAGAUGAAGUACUUCACUGUGCAAGGGAAGCCCCAUCUGUGUUUGUUUGCAGUACGAGACAUAAGUCCAGGAGAGGAGAUAACAUAUAAUUAUGGUGACUCAGACUGGCCGUGGAGAUGCAAGGUGGUCAAAAUUUUACGUUGUGAGACUGAUGGACCACCCACAUCAGAGCCUUAUACGAGCACUCAAAAGGUGUCUGCAGGUGCAUCAAGUGGCCUGCUCACAAGCUUUGAUAAGGAUCUUGAUGAGGUAAUUCCUCUGCAAGAUUCAGGGGCCACAAAUCCCCCAUCAACAACCGAAGAUAUUGAAGAGAUGACGGCUGAGAGCAACCGGAUUCAGACGGCCGCGAGCGACCUGAAUCAGUCAAGUCCAGUGCUUGGUCCACCCAACAGGGUUGGAAAGGAUCUCGAUGAGGUAAUUCCUCUGCAAGAUUCAGGGGCCACAAAUCCCCCAUCAACAACCGAAGAUAUUGAAGAGAUGACGGCUGAGAGCAACCGGAUUCAGACGGCUGCGAGCGACCUGAAUCAGUCAAGUCCAGUGCUUGGUCCACCCAACAGGGUUGGAAAGGAUCUCGAUGAGGUAAUUCCUCUGCAAGAUUCAGGGGCCACAAAUCCCCCAUCAACAACCGAAGAUAUUGAAGAGAUGACGGCUGAGAGCAACCGGAUUCAGACGGCUGCGAGCGACCUGAAUCAGUCAAGUCCAGUGCUUGGUCCACCCAACAGGGUUGGAAAGGAUCUCGAUGAGGUAAUUCCUCUGCAAGAUUCAGGGGCCACAAAUCCCCCAUCAACAACCGAAGAUAUUGAAGAGAUGACGGCUGAGAGCAACCGGAUUCAGACGGCUGCGAGCGACCUGAAUCAGUCAAGUCCAGUGCUUGGUCCACCCAACAGGGUUGGAAAGAUGACCACUGAGAAUAACCAGAAUCGGUUUCCCAGUCCAAGUCAAAUGGAUCCAGUUGUCAACAGUGGAAAGUGUAAAAACAUCGCCUGGUGUGCGCAACAGUAUCCUCCUUGGACAAGUGUGUUCAAUGUGUGGGACCUGUAUCCUCCUUCAAGUGGCUUGGCUAUGAAUGCAGAGGAGGAACAGUUUUCUAAAUGUUCCAGGGAUGAACUGCUGUCAGAUAAGGAUGAUGUACCAGAUUCAGAACUGGAUCAAAUAUCAGAUGACGACGAGAACAUGUCCGACAAGGACUACAUACCAGACUCGGAGUCACAAAAUGAUGAUGCUGAUGAUGAUGAUACAGAUGCAAGCAUCCCCUUUAUGCCUAGUCAGUCGAAAGCUAAACAGGUUCAAGUAAAUCCAGUACUACCUGAUGUUGGAACAUCUUAUGGGUCAGACACAAGCAUCCCAGUUGUGCCCAGCACAUCAAAAUGUUGGCCACCUCUUGAAGAUCCUAAUGCUGCUGAAACAUCUGUUUCAGUAAAUUCUAUCAAAGACUCAAAGGAAAAGCCAGAGGAUGAAGCUAAGCUUCAUGAACAAAAAUCAACACAUCUGACUAUGAGUAAAGAAAAUUACUGUUAUGUUUGUGGUAAGCCACAAAGCAAAAUUUCCCGCCACUUGAAAACACACAAGACACAUGCUGAAAUUGUACAUGCAUUUUCUCUCCUGAGCAUUCAAAAGAGCGUAAGAUAUUAUUAG